AUUUAUAUGAACGGUUGGUAGAAAACGGAUUUAAUGACGUGAGAAAAGUGGCUAUAAUCCGGAUAUUUAAGAAUCGGACUGAUUUAUCAUGAUCUAUGUAGUAUUUUCAGUUAGAUGUUCCACAAAAAUGGUUGAUGUUCUGAGCAAACUCUCCGUUGUCAGCGUUAUAUGGAUUAUAGCAGCUGGCUUUCUGAUCUUUCUCCUGCUUUUCCUGUUUGCAAAGCGCCAAAUAAUGAGAUUCACUUUAAAAUCCCGCAGGGGCCCUUACGUCUCGAUAGGCUCAAAUGUUCCAAAGGAACUUCGCACCGAGAUAUUUAGACGCAUCAACAGAGUACCAGAUAUAAAACAUGAGCCAAAAUUGGUUAAUCCUGCUAUCGAAGCUUUAGCAAAAUCAGGAGACAACAAUUUCUAUUAUAGAAUGAAGGCCAUGGAUGCUUUCUCAAGAUUCGACGAUUGUUUACGUCUUGAGAUGUCGAAUGCCUGUCGUCACCCCAGUCAGAGUGUGCGAGACUACCUGACCUUGAUCUACCCCAUGUAUCUUACCACGGCACCCUCUCACCUCGUGAACAACUUCAUCAACAUGUACGAACAUGCUCGACACAGGCCUGAGAUGUUUGGAGAGGAUCAGUUCAACCAGUACGAAUCGGCCUUAAAUGAAAUAGUCAACCACUUGGAGCGAGGAAUCCAUCUGAGGAAAGAGGAAGGCCGUGAGGAUGCCAGUGCUUUUCCACUAGCAGACACGGACGUAAAAAUAAAAUCUCGAGGUAUGGGCAAGUCCAAGACCUCCAUACCGUAUAACCACAUGGUGUCAGACAAAAGCAUGAGUCGCGGGCAGACACGCUACCGGACACGGGCUAAUAGUAGCGAGCAGGCUGGACUGUUGGAGAGCGCACCCUCUAGUCAGCGCAGCAGCAUCGAAGGGCUCGUCACAGCGCGAGACAGCUCCGAGGAGAAUAUUCGCCUCGUUGAAGUAAACAUGAACACCAUGCCAGAAUUGUGAUCAACUCGGGCAAAGUUGUUCAACUCGGGCAAAUUUGUCCAACUCGAGCAAAUUUGUUCAACUCGGGCUAAUUUGUUAGGAAAGAUAUUUGUUGAUAUAAAUCGUUAAUGAUAA